UAAAAAAAAUCAAGUGUGAAUGAUUAGUUUCAGUGAUCGUGGCAGAAAAAGGGAAUUUGAACGACACAGUGGCAGUGAUAAAACUGGAGUAAAGGCAGAUGAGAAAAAGGAAGGUGGUGGCUCCCACAAUUGGGGAACAAUGAAAGAUGAUAUGUAUUCGACCAAUUCUAGGGAGCAGCUCAAGGAGACUGAGACUCAGGAGUGGAGUGCCCAAGCAGAGGAUGCCGAAAACCAGGAUCCUAAUGAGACCACUGCAGAGACCACAGAGGCCAAUCCUGAAGUGCCUGACGAAGAGCAAAUCGUCAAGCAAAUGACCCUGGACGAAUGGAAGGCCCCGGAGAAGGAAAACCGUGUAAAAACUGAGUUCAACAUCAGCAAGCCCAAUGAAGGGGUUGACGAGUCUCAGAGGAAGAAGACCUAUGUUCUGAAAAAGAAAGAAUCUGAUGAAGAGGAUGAACAAAUAAAAAAAAAAAAAAAAAUUUCAAAGUUACAAAAUAGAAUUUUGUAAGUACCAUUUGUUACCGAACUUGUCUGUGCUGAAAUCAAACGUAAAACACUCCAUGAAGAUAUUUUCAAAAGACUUCCCAUGUUAUUUCGUCAUUGUACAAAAAUUAUUAAAAUGAAAUUAACAGGAAAAAAAAAAUCUUUAAAUUUUAUUUUACAAAUCUAAAAAUUACAAUUUCUCUGUAAUACAGUCACACUGCUGGAGAUUCAAAGUUCAGUGAACAAGGAUAAAAUAUUGGCUUUUUUUUUUUUUUUUUAGAAUUGUCCCUGCAUGAGCCCUUUUUGUUAUGUUUCGUUUUUAUUUUUUUUUUAUUUAUAUAUUUUUUAAAUUUUUGUUUUGGCCUUCAAAUCUUUCUGUUGCACUUCUUUAUGAAUGCUGAUGGUCAGCGAAUUUACUUUAGAGACAGUCAACAAACUCAAUCUGAAAUAAGAUUCCAUCAGGUAAAUUGAAAAGUUUCAAAAGAAAAAGCCACAGAAAAAGAUCCUUUCAAAAGCUUAGAGACGUCAGCAUUAAACCAUGCCAUGGUUUUUCUUUAUAUAUAUAUAUAUAUCUAUAUGGGCUAGAAGCAGUUGAUGUAUAAACAUUGAGCCACCAGUUUUUCAUGUUCUCUUUUUCUUUUCAGAUUAAUACACAGCAACAAGUGGUUGCUGAAUAUUACGUAACAAAGUGGCUGACUGGAUGACAGCAGUAUGAGAGCAAUCUGCCAGGAAGAAGACGAUGAGUGGAGGAAAGAAAUAUGGUUUAUCUGGAUUUUUUUUAGAGUCUGUUGUAGGCUAAAACGCCUUUAUUACAUUUUUCAAGUUUCAUUGUAGAACGCACACAUUUAUACAUUUGACUGGUGAAAGAUGAAUAAUGAAUAAUGGAUGUAAUUAAUCUUGAGAAGCAGCCAAAUUAAAAUAUU